AGUGAACACCUCUAUAACUCUGUUCAUAUCAACAUAGCUCCAUUCUCCAAAGGUCAAAAGAGGUACGAAUUCGGAGGCCACCCUUUUCAUCUCCAUCUUCACAUGUUCUUCGGUUUGCCAACCCUAUCCUGGCUGGCUAGAUUUUUGGCGGAUUCUGCUGGGUUUAUUUUCUUCAUUUUGAUAGAGAACCAAGAGGCGGGUUCAGCUCCAUUUUAUCAGACAUGGCGGAUUCUGUUGACUCGACAAGGACAUUCGUUAAUGGCGUUAGACGUGUCGUGGUCAAGGUUGGGACUGCUGUGGUCACUCGAGCAGAUGGAAGGCUAGCACUUGGGAGACUGGGUGCUCUAUGUGAACAGAUCCAACAGCUGAAUUCUGAUGGAUAUGAGGUUAUUUUGGUAACAUCGGGUGCAGUUGGUGUUGGUCGUCAGCGUCUUAGAUAUCGUCGGCUAAUUAAUAGCAGCUUUGCUGACCUCCAGAAACCACAAACUGAACUUGAUGGGAAGGCAUGUGCGGCUGUUGGACAAAAUGGUCUUAUGGCAUUGUAUGAUACUUUGUUUAGUCAGUUGGAUGUUACAUCAGCUCAGCUACUUGUCACUGACAAUGAUUUUAGAGAUUCAGAGUUCAGGAAGCAACUUAAUGAAAGAGUUAAAUCAUUGUUGGAUCUUAAGGUGGUUCCAAUAUUUAAUGAAAAUGAUGCUAUCAGCACCAGAAGGGCUCCAUAUGAGGACUCUUCUGGUAUUUUCUGGGAUAACGACAGUUUAGCUGCUCUACUAGCUUUAGAGCUUAAGGCUGAUAUCCUAGUCCUUUUGAGUGAUGUAGAUGGUCUUUAUAGUGGUCCUCCUAGUGAUCCACAUUCAAAGCUAAUUCACACAUAUAUUAAGGGACAUCAUGAUGGUGCAAUUACUUUUGGUGAUAAAUCGAGAGUUGGAAGAGGAGGUAUGACUGCCAAAGUAAAAGCAGCUGUCUAUGCUGCCCAUGCUGGAAUACCUGUUGUUAUCACCAGUGGCUUUGCUCCUGGCAACAUCAUAAAAGUGCUCCAAGGGAAUCGUAUUGGUACACUCUUCCAUAAAGAUGCACACACCUGGUCCUCCGAUGGAGAAGUUGGCGCUCGCGAGAUGGCUAUUGCUGCUCGAGAUAGUUCCAGAAAGCUACAGGCCUUGGCUCCCGAGGAUAGGCGUAAAAUUUUACUGGACAUAGCUGAUGCCCUAGAGACGAAUGAAAAGUUGAUUAAAACUGAAAAUGAUGCAGACAUUGCUGCUGCACAACAGGCAGGGUAUGAAAGUUCACUGAUCUCGCGACUGGCUUUGAAGACUGGGAAGAUUUCCAGUCUUGCUAAAUCCAUUCGCACACUUGCCAACCUGGAUGAACCAAUUGGUCAUAUUCUGAAGAGAACUGAGAUUUCAGAUCGUUUUAUCUUGGAGAAAACAUCAUCUCCCUUGGGCGUCCUGUUGAUUAUUUUUGAGUCCCGUCCUGAUGCUUUAGUUCAGAUUGCUUCAUUGGCAAUUCGAUCUGGGAAUGGUUUGCUCUUGAAGGGAGGAAAGGAGGCCAAAAGGUCAAAUGCAAUCUUGCACAAGGUUAUAACAUCUGCAAUACCGGAAACUGUUGGGUCAAGACUUAUCGGACUUGUCACUUCCAGAGAUGAGAUCCCAGAACUGCUCAAGCUUGAUGAUGUGAUUGACCUUGUGAUUCCAAGAGGCAGCAAUAGCCUUGUUUCUCAGAUCAAGGAAUCAACAAAAAUUCCGGUUCUUGGUCAUGCAGAUGGUAUUUGCCAUGUUUAUGUUGAUAAAUCCGCCAAUUUGGAUAUGGCAAAGCGCAUUGUUCUGGACUCAAAAACAGAUUAUCCUGCAGCCUGUAAUGCAAUGGAGACACUUCUUGUUCACAAGGAUUUAACACAAAAUGGUGAACUGAACGAACUUAUUGUAGAACUCCAGAUUAAAGGUGUCACCAUAUAUGGUGGUCCCAAGGCAAGCUCUUUGCUCAAUAUUCCACAGGCCUCCUCAUUACAUCACGAAUAUAGUUCACUUGCUUGCACUGUUGAAAUAGUGGAUAAUGUUUAUGGUGCCAUUGAUCAUAUACAUCAACAUGGAAGUGCGCACACUGACAGUAUUAUCGCAGAAGACCCUGAAGUUGCAGAGGUCUUUCUAUGCCAAGUUGACAGUGCUGCUGUGUUCCACAAUGCAAGCACUAGAUUUUGUGAUGGGGCACGUUUUGGGCUUGGUGCUGAGGUUGGAAUAAGUACAGGUAGGAUACAUGCUCGUGGCCCUGUUGGAGUCGAAGGACUAUUGACAACACGAUGGAUUGCUCGAGGGAGUGGUCAAAUUGUAGAUGGCGAUAAAGGGGUUGUUUACACACACAAAGACGUCACUUUCCGAGGUUGAGUUUUUAUGGGUCACGAACAAAGUAUUAUUAGUGCCUUUUUUACAAUAUUUUCAGUUAUUUCGAGCAAAAAUAAAAUUGAGAUUGGAUUUUCCUUCAUGUAAGAACUGGGAACUUGCUUUCUCUUUGAAUUGAUCUUACUGAAUUUACCUUUGAUGUUAUAUUUGUUGGAAAAAAUCUUUAGUUUAAGUUGUUUUAUUUAAUUAAAUAAAAGAUCUAAUCUUUAGGACA